AUGAAUUGGUUAAAUCGAGCACCUAUGGGUGAAAUCAACAGACUCCCUCCCAAGAUCAAUCCGAACAAUUAUGCAAUAGCUUUCACCUUAUCGAUCAUUUGGGAUGUGUAGUCAUGCGGUUCAACUUUGCCAGUGUUAAUGCAAGAGAGAAGACUACACAUCCCAACAGACAAAGCGGCUCGUUGCUUCACUAGUUACACAUUGAAUGUAGUUCGCUCUACUUGAAAAUCCGUUCAUGAUUCAGUUCAUUAAUAAAUAAAUAGUCCGGUGUCAUGGCGGAAUCUGCAGCAUGUCCUGCUUUCCAGCUCGGAAGAUCCCGAUACGACCAGGGUUCAUUCCUUGGUCGUCUGAGACACUUCAUAGACAUCAUCGACCCCAGCACCCUGUUUGUGUCUGAGAAAGAGUUGAAAGAAUCCAUUAAAUUGCUUGAUGACUACAAACAUGACACGCUUCCACCUGGAGUCUCUGAUCUCCAGCUGUGGGGAGCCCAGAAGAUCAAGCAGGCCAUCAUUCAUCCUGACACAGGAGAGAAGAUCUUCAUGCCAUUUCGAAUGUCAGGUUAUGUACCAUUUGGAACACCAAUUGUCAUUGGCCUUCUUCUCCCAAAUCAGACUGUGGUGUCUACCAUUAUAUGGCAGUGGCUCAACCAGAGUCACAAUGCCUGUGUGAACUAUGCCAACCGCAAUGCCACAAAGCCUAUGCCAACAUCCAAGUUUCUUCAAGGCUAUGUAGGAGCUGUGACUAGUGCUGUGUCUAUUGCAGUGGGACUGAAUGUCCUGAUUCAGAAGGCUAACAAGCUGAGUCCUGCCACCAGAAUGAUAGUACAAAGAUUUGUCCCCUUCCCAGCUGUAGCUAGUGCAAACAUUUGUAACGUGGGUCUGAUGAGACACAAUGAGCUAUCUGAAGGUAUCGAUGUGCUGGAUGACAACGGGAAUGUGGUGGGAUCCUCCAAAAUUGCUGCAAGACAUGCGAUCAUGGAGACUGCGUUCACACGUGUGGUUCUCCCGAUGCCAAUCUUUGUACUGCCCCCCAUCAUCAUGUCCUACCUAGAGAGGCUGAGGUUCCUGCAGAGGAACCGCAGAUUGUUGCUACCCAUCCACAGCUUUGUGUGCCUGGUUACCUUCGGCCUCUCCCUGCCUGUGGCCAUCAGCCUUUUCCCCCAGAUGUCUCAGAUUGAGGUAUCUUGCUUAGAGCCGGAGAUCGCCAUGGCAACAGAUUGCAAGGUGGUGACCUACAACAAGGGUUUAUGAUGGAUGAUCGUGGUGUGGGAGAGGAGCGCAGAGGACGGGGGAGCGAGGAUGGAAAUGAGGCUGCAUUGUGAAUAGCUGUCAGGGAGAAGCUACAGUGGGGUUCGUUCAUUAUAACAGAGCCUGUAGAUCAUCAUGUACUAACCCAGGGUUUUUUUUUUACACUUCUCCUGAUCCCAGCAAUUAUUCAGUCAAGGUUUCUUCUCAGUUUGAAAAUGAGGCAGAUUUUUUUGCUGUGCUUGCUGUUUUCAAGAGCAAGUAAGAAGCUCUGUAUAUAGAAAUAAUAUAUAUACUGUGAAAUCAGUUUUUUAGCAUUAAUAAAAUCUUUUAAUAUAUACAGUACAGUGUUUCCUACACAUAGACUAUACGAUAUUGUCCACUCAUGUGUAGUUGCUGCUAUAUGACCCAAUAUGGUUUAUAAAUACAGUUUAAACCUGAAAUAACUGACUGUUUGUCCACUUUGGGGUCUGUAGAAACACACAUAAAAACAUUUAUGCCAUGGCAACAGUUGCUUCUUUCAGAUACUGAGCAACAUGGCAUUUAUUUAAAGUUGUGUGUUUUGUCUUCACCAACUCACAGAUCAAUAUCUGUCUCUUAAUCUGCUAAAUGUUCCACUUUUUUGUGGCAUUUUCUCUGAAAGGUGUCUGUUGCCAAAAAACAACACAGAUGAGAGUAGUAAGAGUAACAAAACCACGGAGGUAAAAUAAACUUUUUGUCACAUACGAGUAGUGACGUGAUCCAUUAAAAUAUUGAUUAUAGUUUAAUGGUUUUGCAUCACAAGAACUUUCCUGAGGAACAGUGCAUGUAAACAAACACAGUUGUCAUGAACAGCUGAUAGUCAUGGAAGUAAAGGGUGGCUUUAUUGUCAGCAGUCCAAAACUGUGGUAAAAAACAGGGGCUUGUCCACGGGUUAGUUACGGUUAGUUAAUCAGCUAACAUUGGAUUUAUAUCUAUUUAAGCACAAUAUCUCCUAAGUCAAUGGUUCUCAAGCAUUUUACCUUGUGAUCCUGAUUUGAAGAGGUAAACUAUUGUAGCAUUUCAGAAGAAAAAAGCAAACAUUAGGGCCACAUUUAAAGUAAAGUAAAAGUUCAGUAAAACAACAUAAAUCUACUUUUCUGCAGCCUUAUCUGACUAUGAUUCAGAGGCAUACCUGACAAAGAUCCUUUAAAUCUGUUCUCUAACAUAAUGUAUGAGCUGAACAUUUAACAGUUGACUAAAAUACUCCAUAGUAUUCACUGGUGGACAAAGGAGAGAGCAAAUGUCAUGGAGUCAUAAAUAUGUUACUAAAUUAUCUUUGUUCUUUCUGUACUGCCAUUUCUUAUGUUACUUAUCAGCCAUCAACACUCAGUGGUACACAUAUACCAUCUGAAAUAAGCUAAUAUCAUCUGAUAUAUCAGCACAGUUGGUUUGUAAUCUGUUGUAUUAUUGUGUUGGAGACGGUUGGCAAAAGGAUCUUUGAGGAAUAACUAACUCUUGUGUACAUUUUUGACUUG